UGAACAAAAAAACCUUUCCUCGUCUCAUUAUUAUUAUUUUCUCGUCGAAGCAUCUGUUUACUAAUUUCAGUCCCGCUUUUUAAAUGUGUUUAGAUUACUAAAAACUUGGCGCUUUUCCAAUUAACCACCUCCUGUUAACAUAAGGCUUUUGGUAGUUAAUUUCUCAGGAAGCACCAGAAAGUUAUGAACUGAUUCAAGCACAUUAAACUACUGUCUUAUUUAAUUAAGUGAAAUUAAUUGCGGACCAGAACAUUUAAUGAAAUGCAUCCUGAUCUGUCCACACAUCUUCACACAGGAGAGUGUAAUGACAUUAUUUAUGCCCUCAAAGUGUGUCACCAAGAGAACCCUUGGAAAAAGUUCUUAGGUGUCUGUAAUGAUUUAGACCAUGCUUUGAACAAAUGUCUUAAAAAUGAGCGAGAAAGUCGGCGAAAGAAUAAUGCAACAAAGAUAAAAAAUACUGAAUGAAACAAGGAAAGUGUUGCGA